AUACAAAAGCGACGGCGUUUCUCCAAGGCUGCAGUCUCAGACUCGCAGCCACAACGUUAUUUGUCCACCGCCUCUCGGUCUAGGAGAAAGUAAAGAAACCCCAUAGAAGUAGUACUAGUAGGAUAUGGGAAGCCAGCUGAAGAAUAAGCGGCUACACCUCAAUCCCAACUGGGCUCAACUUCAACAAAAGCUGAAAAGCCAUGACUCAAAACCUCAAAGACCCUCAAAAGGCUCACAAACCGAAAACCCGAAAACCAUUCUGGGGAAGCGUAAGGAGAGGCCAAAUGUAGAAUUGGACGAUUCUCCGAUCAAUCCUCUCGCUCCAAUUAAUGAUGAUAUCAGUGUAACAGAUGUGGUAGCCAUGGAUUGUGAAAUGGUCGGUGUUAGUCAAGGAAACAAAAGUGCCCUUGGACGAGUUACUCUGGUUAAUACAUGGGGAAAUGUUGUGUAUGAUGAGUUUGUUCGCCCAGUAGAUCGUGUUGUUGACUUCCGAACUGAAAUUAGUGGCAUUCGACCCCGAGAUUUGAGGAAAGCAAAAGAUUUUUGGGUUGUUCAGAAGAGGGUGGCAGAUAUAAUUAAAGGAAGGAUUCUCGUGGGACAUGCCUUGCACAAUGAUCUGAAGGUACUGCUAUUAAGUCAUCCUAAGAAGGACCUGAGGGAUACCUCAGAAUACCAGCCUUUUCUCAGGGAAGGUGGCAGAAGAGCACUCCGGCAUCUUGCAGCACAGUUUCUUGGUGUUCAGAUCCAGAAUGGGGAGCACUGCUCUAUACAAGAUGCUCGUGCUGCAAUGCUGCUUUAUCAGAAAAACAAAAAGAAGUGGGAAAAGAGUGUUAAAGAUCAAAUGCGUCUCAAACAAAAACAGAAGAAGCGCAAGCCGAAAAAGAAAAUAAAGCAGGGAGAUGUUACAAUUGACAGUAUUCCAACUGCAUUGUAGCAAUUGCUGCCUGAUGAUACUUGAUGCUUAGUUCCCGAUCGUUUCGAAACUCGAUCGCUAACAUCGGGCUCACUUCAAAUCCACCGGCACAUUGUCCAUGAUGUUGAGAAGGAAACUCGAAGAGGAUACAAUACCUAGCUACUAGAACCAAUUCCAUCCAACACGUCCGGGGGGAUACACUUUAGUCUCAUUAUUUAGGUGGCAAUCUUGCAUGUUGGAAAACUAUUAUCUUAUUAUCAUUGGUGAAGAAACGUUAGUGUUUUGAUUUUUUUUUUUUUUUUGGCAGUAGAGAUGCAUUCAUUAUAGUCUGCUGGUGAGAAAUUUAUGUACCCAACAGGAUAGAUGCGAUUUUCUCAAAUUAAAAAGAAAAAAAGGGGAUUGGAAAAUAA